UUAUUGGCCACUAUUGUUUAUUACUUUAUUUUUAUACGCAUUUAUAUUUUUUAAACGGGAUGAUAGUGUGAGGGAUACCACAAAAUAUACAACGACAUUAAUAUCUAAUACUACACGCGACAGAGUGCUGUGGUCCUCGUCAACUGAAAGGCAACAUAGAUCCAAAAAUGACUUUUGCGUUUUUAGCCAUAACUGCAAAAUUCCAUGCAUCGAUCCUUUCACAGAAGACGUCAUGAGAAUAUUCCAACCUCCCAAAUUUAAGAAAUGUACACAUCAGCGCAACUUAUUCAGAGUACAAUAUAAUAUCGCGGAUCAACAAUAUCGUUUAAGUGUGAAUUAUUCUCUGAUACCUGAGCUAUAUGCGAAUAGUACGGAUGUUUCCUGCUUUUACAGUGAAAUAUUUCGUGAAAAGAACGAUUCGUAUGUCAGUAUACGAAGUCCAAUAUACUUUGUGCAUGAGUGGAUUGUACCACGUCAUAUUAUGGGCGUUAUAGUCGAAUGUCAUCUGCAUAAGAAUAUAUCAAAUGUGAUUCAGCGGGAUGCUUUCUCCUUUGUGCAGUAUCCAGAAUAUCGAAAUGAAGAAAACGAUGCCAAACGGGCACAGAGCCAACCGAGUGUCAUAUUGAUUGGCAUUGACAGCAUGUCUCGAGUUAACUUUCAGCGAACAAUGCCACUGACGGCGAAAUUUGUGCGUCAAACUGGUUGGUAUGAGAUGCUUGGCUACAAUAAAGUUGGAGAUAAUACUCUGCCCAAUUUGCUGGCGCUGCUCACAGGAUCUUCGCUUAGGCAGGUAGCUGACUUUUGUAAUAUAAAAAAAACGGGCUGCCUCGAUGCGCUAACCUACCUCUGGAAUCAUUAUAAGAAUGCUGGCUAUCUGACUGCCUAUGCCGAGGAUAUUUCGGCUAUAAGUACCUUUAACUAUCUGCUGCCAGGCUUUGUACGGCAGCCUGUUGACUACUAUUUGCGUCCAUUUCUUCAAGCCACCGAGCAGACCAUGAAGACGGUUAAGCACUUUGGUUACUCCUACUGUGUGGGCCGCAAGCCCAGUUUUCGCUAUGUCUUCGAUUUUUGUCAGCAGAUGAUACAGAGAUUUAUUACGGAGACGCCAAAACCAUUGUUUGGCCUGUUUUGGACGAAUAGCUUCAGUCAUGACGAUUUUAGCGGACCUGCAAGUGUCGACAAGCAUUUUGUAAAGUAUCUCAAUGACUUUAAGCAGCUGGGCUUGUUUGAAAAGGCUAUUGUUAUACUGUUCAGUGAUCAUGGACAGCGUCAAGGGCAGUUAAUGGAGUUUCCCACCAGUUUUCUGGAGGAACGUCUACCAAUGCUCUACAUACACCUCCCCGCCUGGUUUCACCAGAAAUAUCCAAAAGCUUCCAAGGCACUGGAAAAAAAUCAACGUCGGUUGUGCUCUACUUUUGAUCUUCACUUGACACUUAAAGAUGUCCUAUUAACAUCUAAUCCUAGAUUAACGUUUCCCAGUGCUUCGCCGUGUAUGGGCACUUCAUCCUUAUUUUAUGAACUGCCAAAGGAACGACGCUGCGGUGAGGCGUGCAUAGCAGAGCAUUGGUGCACCUGUGAGUCCUAUGUGCAGGUAUCAGUGGAGGGAUUGGAGCAUUUGGGCAGUAUCAUAGUGUACCGCAUCAAUCAGGUGCUCUCCAAAAGCAAUGUGAAGGGUCUUUGUCAUCGCUUAAAGCUGGGAAAGGUCUUGAGAAUUGAGCAUAAGCAACACUUUGACGAAUCUGGCAACAAAAUUCAGUCCUCGACUGACACUUUUCGUUUAAAGUUCACUACGUUGCCAAAUGGAGGUUUGUUCCGUGCCACAAUUGAGUGUGACCAGUCGGAAACUGUGGUAGACAUACAGGAGGAUUUUAUAACACGUCUUAAUUCUUAUGGCAACGAAUCGUAUUGUGUAAGUGAAAAUGCGCUCAAGAGAUUCUGUGUCUGUCUUAAUUCGCAAGUGAAAUACGAUGAUGUUAUGUAUGUUGCAGAUGAUCUUGACUCCAUGAGCAACACUUUAGACACACUCUGAACAUUCAUGCUAACUGCCGAGCAAUAAUUGUCAGCCAAGUUAUAA